AGGUGUGAGCCCCCAGCGCCUAGCUUUAACAUUCACUUUAACAGUUGCUUCUUCCUUCUACCCCAGGAUCUUAUGGACUUCCUGAACCCAAAUGGUAGCGACUGCACCCUGGUCUUGUUCUACACCCCCUGGUGCCGCUUCUCAGCCAGUUUGGCCCCUCAUUUUAAUUCUCUGCCCCGGGCAUUUCCAACCCUUCACUUCUUGGCACUGGAUGCGUCUCGGCACAGCAGCCUUUCCACCAGAUUUGGCACCGUGGCUGUCCCUAACAUUUUGUUAUUUCAAGGAGCUAAACCAAUGGCUAGAUUUAAUCAUACAGAUCGAACGCUGGAAACGCUGAAAGUAUUCAUCUUUAAUCAGACAGGUAUAGAAGCCAAGAAAAAUGUGGUGGUAACUCAAGCAGACCAAAUAGGCCCUCUUCCCAGCACUUUGAUAAAAACUGUGGACUGGUUGCUUGUGUUUUCCCUAUUCUUUUUAAUUAGUUUUAUUAUGUAUGCUACCAUCCGAACCGAGAGCAUUCGAUGGUUGAUUCCAGGACAAGAGCAGGAACAUGUGGAGUAGGAAUGGACCUAUGGGAGAAAGAGGAGCAACGAGGAAUUUCCAUCCUUCAUCCAAGAAACUACGGCUGUACUUUCCGGUGGACUGCUGACUUCCAACUUGAGUCACGUUAGAAGAAUCAUGCGUUUGCUGAACUACUGAAUGGAUAAAAGAAAAUUCAAACUGGUGUUUUUUAACUAGUAUUACAAAAAGAAAUAGAAAGAUUCUCAUGA